AUGAACUUCGGAACUUGGUGGAACAAUCUGAGAAGCAAAACAACGAUUAUCAAUGGGACCUUCUUCCAUACGACCCUAGUUUCGAUUUUCACCGGUCCACUUGACCCAAUUGCUCUUGAAGACAUAGAUUUGGAUGACUUGCUCGAUGGUGUUGAGUUGGAGCAAGUUGUCCAUCUCCAGCCUAGAGGACCAGUUCAUCUUCCCCCAAGAGGUCCAGCUCCACUUCCCCCACGAGGUCCAGCUCCAUUUCCCCUACGAGGACCAGCUCCACUUCAACCUCGUGGUGCAAUUCUUGCUCAUCCUCGACCAAGAGGUCCAGCUCCGGUUCUUCUUCAGCCUCCCCCAAGAGCUCCAGCUCCACUUCCCCCACGAGGACCAAUUCAACUUCAACCUCCUGGUGCAAUUCUUGCUCAUCCUCGACCAAUUCGUCCAGCUCCGGUUCAACGAGGAACGUCCGUUUCUCUCGGAGAGUAA